CAUAUGGUCAAUUGCUGUGCGCAAAUCACAGUGCUUAGGAUUGGUGUCAAUGCACGGCAUUCUUGACAUACUACAUUAGCCUGACCAAAUCGAUGUAAUGCGCAAUACGAAUAGAUCUGUCACUGUGUAGGCCUACUAGGAAGAUCGUCAGUAUCACAGAUACAGCUGUACCGCCAGCGUGACAAUGAUCUCCCUGAUCAAGUUUGAAUGCAAAGUUCAUGCUCCUUUUUGUUCACGGGCCAAGGGUGUGCACCAAUCGGCCGUUGCUAGGCGCAGACACUGGAAUGUUGCGCACAAGUGUUUGCUCUACACCGACAAAGCGCAUUGUGCAUCAUACACGGAUAAAGCAUGCCUCGUAUCAGAUUGAAGCAUGCAUCAUAUCAACGUACGUGUGUAGUGUACACGAUGGCCGUCAUUGCUGAAACUGGUGACUGUGCAGUAACACGUGAGUUGUUCAGAGUGGAAGCUGCCAGUACUGAAGCAAAUGUGGAGCGAGUUAAUCCUGUUUGCCCUCAUGAUAGGCCGUGUUUGGUUUAACCGUAGAUCUGCAACCCACCCUCCUGUAGUACAGACCAAAAUCUGGAUUGAAAGAUUGGGAAGCAAGAAAAGACAUGCUGUAGGCCUAAGCAGGUUGUAUUGGACAUUGCCUUGUUGUGGAGUUGGGGUAGUACUGUUCUUUGCUCUGUGUGUGAACUUUGUAGAAGGACACACAGUUGCCGAUCAGGGCAGUGCCAUCAAGAUCUCACCUCUAGGCCUGCUAAGGACUUCUUAACUUCAUGUAUUACAGAAUAUAUCUUCCUUAAUGAAUGGACUGUGAAACGAGGAAAAAAGACUUCAUUGCCUUUACUGCAUCUACCGAAACCAGCUUAGCUCUACUCAUGUGACGUGACAUAGUUAAUUCAGAUCUUAGAUUGGAUAGAGCCCCAAUGCAUGUGGGAUCCGGCAACAAUUUUCUCCCCUCGCCUACAGGGACCGCCUUCACAUGCUCGGCCGACGCCGUCAGCUGGAUAUCCGGAUAACACACCUACACACUCGCUCAACCAAACUCUCUGCCUGUCUGUAGUCGGGAGUCGAGUGAAGAACGGCCUCCCUUUCCCUUCUGCGGCUGGGACUGGAAACCCUAAACCGCUUCGAAGUGUGUGAUAUCAAGGAAGAUCUGGGCCUUGUUUUGAAAUAAAGGGAUAAAUCAGGUUGCUGUCGUGUCCGUGGGAGUUGCCUUGAGUGUUGUAGUGGGUCAUUUUCGCCUCCACGUUUGAAAGACUCGACCCUCUCUAACCCCCUCCCGAGGUCAGUUGCCAUGGGGAUUAUUGCCGUUCUGGAUAUGCUCUGUUGCUGCUGUGAGGGCUGGCGAAGGAAACUCAAAAACUCAGAGUCCACCACGGCUAUCAUUCAGUCCCCAGUCAAAUCCCCGGCGAGAUCACCUGCCAAACACCAUCAUAAGCGGUCAGCCAGUACUCCUUCUGAGCGAGCCUUCCAUUUUUUGGUUACAAAUCCCGUUGGACGAACGGAGUUAAGACACGUUCAGCCUGGAACCGACCCAUAUUACAGUGAGGAGGAUAGUCCCUCGUCUGCUGAAGAAGUGUCAAAGUCCAGCGAAGAUAUCCGAAGAAACACGCUGUCAGCCCCACCCACGCCUGAAAGAAAACGAAAGAGAAGUUUGGAGUCAGUCCGUUACUCCUGCGAACUUGGUCAGAUUCAACCGGAACUGUACGUAACAGAAGAUACUGGGUACAGUAAGCCAGUACUCGUCAGUAGCGGCAAGAAGAACAAGAAAGACGAGGAGGUCGCUGAAGAGGUGUAUGGUACAAUCUCCCUGGCGAUCAAAUACGAGCAGCACAGGCAAAGGGUAACAGUACACUUAUACAAUGUCACCGACCUUCCAGCCAAAGGUCAAAGAGAGGGCGCCGACACAGUUGUCCAUGGCUGCCUCCUUCCCGACGAGAAGCUAGUUCUCAAGUCCAAAGUCGUUAAGGAAACCCUGAACCCAAUCUUCGAUGACUCCAUGGAGUUUGCCAUAGACCAAGCUAAGGACUUCUCUCAGCAGGCUGUUCGGUUGUCCGUCUUUGACACCGAGAAUUGUAGCAAGCUUUGUGCCAUCGGGCACACGGUAAUCCCUUUGUCAGACUGCGACAUGGAUGGUAAACAAAAGGAGCUGAAGAAGAAGCUACAGAAGAAAGCUGAAAUUGUAGGUGACCUGGGUCGUCUGUACCUGUCGUUGGCCUAUCUCCCGUCUCAAGACAGAUUAUCCUGCUUCAUCGUCCGAGCAAGGGGCAUUGUUCCAGAAAAGGGGACUAAUGUAGAAAAUCUAGAAACCUUCGUUAAAGUGUGCCUGAUGUGCGGGAGUGAAAAAGUGAAGAGUCGCCGUACACCACCAGCACGGGGCACCACUGACCCAGUCUUCACGGAAUCCUUGAGCUUCGUCUUACCCAUGUCCUUCAUGGCAGAUUCCUUCCUUCUCAUUCAGGUCAUGCAGAAGGGUCACAACUUCAAGAAAGAUUCGGUCAUUGGACAGUUGAUUCUUGGCCCGUACACCUACACGCAGGGUCGCAGCUUGAGCCACUGGGGGAAGAUGUUAAGCACGAGAGAAGCUUCUAAACAGUGGCAUGCGCUCUACCUGUAGAGCAUAUGACCCUUGACCUUUAUUAACCUGCCGCCAUCUUGGUCUGGUGUCAAGGAGAAGCAUUUCGUAAGUGCUUAUAUCUGACAGCAGAUAAUUAUUGCCAGGCUCUGUUUUGUUUAGCGCCGUCUUUAACUAGCUUGAACCCUGCUGAGCGAAUGUUUUAAGCUUUCAUUUCAUUUUUAACCAAUAAUCUUGACAAUAAUUUAUUUCCCUAUGCUUUAAUCACACAUCAAGGUUUUGUAAAAAAAAAAAAAAAAAGAACAGAGAGGAUUUUUGCUAACAAGCAGUCUCAAGUACGUAGGUCAUACGGCAACAUUAAAGGUAAGAUUCGCCCCACUUCGGUGAAGUUCAAGUCAAAAGCACAUUAUGUGGCACCUAUCGUGCGUUCGCACUGUUUUGAAGUUAGUCUCUGCUAAACUAUGGGAAGUGGAAAAAAUACGAUGUCUGCUUUCUAAUGCGAGAGUAAGUAUAAUAGUAACAAGUGAAACAAUCACAACGUAAGAAAGGAACAUCAGUACAGAGGUGAAACUUUGAAAUGUGCGCAGAUGAGAACGAUUUAAAGGCCAAAUUUGGACAUAACGCUGAAGAGAGAUACGAAGGACGAGUUUCUUGACACGUUACGAUUGAUCAGAAUCUCCUUAUGUGCAGCAUUAGAGAGGCUCCCAUCAGAAUCUAAGAGACAUGUUCGGGACUUUGAUUGCGGUAUUGUGCCGAGCAUAAAUACGAGUGGAUAGUGAGAAUGAUGACGCAUUGGGAAAGGGAGAGUUGUGGGCCAUAAUUUGGUUAGUGCAAAGGUGUUUGGAAUGGCAGCAAAGUGGAAAGAACGAAGAUGUAAAUGAUUGAGCAAUGAGCAAAACUUGAUUUGUUAUAUUAUGCAGGCUGUACAUGCUGUUGGAAGCAACGAGACUUUGAGAGAGAAAGAAAUGAAAAGAAGGGAAAUUAGAAUAAUUUGCAAGUCAAGAGAUGAGAGAGAAAGGUGAAGGACACUAAGAGAUUACACUGUGACUCGUUUCAAUUUAUAAAUAGUGUGUAAUGUGGCGAAACAAUAGACUAACAUUGGAGCUAACUGCAUAAAGGUGUGUGACAUCGAACCAUUACCAGCUAAUGAGGUGGGGCAGAAAUCUUCGGAAAGACCAACAACUCUGUGAGAUCUCUUCAUCUGUGCUGUUCCUUUUGAAUUUAGUUCUUUUUGUUCUCAUCAACUGUUACACCGAUUCCCUUUUCCAUGUGCUAAGCAGUUGAGCCAGUAUUUCACAAAAAAAUACGAUGCGAAGAUUCCGAAUUAGUUUAUCAGCCUCAGUAUUGUUUUACAUUAAAGAGGUUACUUCUAUUAUUUAUAUAUGAACUUUGUUUCAAAGGACGCCAAUUAAUAAAAUCAAGUGACGCAUACAGAGCUAUUAAAUUACCUUCACAAUACAUGUUCACUGAAGAGGAAGUAAUGUGGGGAGGGGUUGCUCUAUACCCUGAGAUAGCCACGUCUGUUGUUCCGCUGCUAACAAUGUGAAUGGCACAAUAACUUUAAAGAACAAAUAUAGUGAAGGAAUGGACAAGAGAACAAUAAUGGUUUUUAAAAUAAAAUUAUGUACAUUGUAUUGUGUCCUGUUGAAAGGGAACCGUACAGCAAAAUUCAAAAUUGUUGAAUUUUUCCCACUGUUUAUUUUGAGUGGUCAUUUUUAUCGUGAGCUUCAAACAAUAUUGUUGUUCUGUCAUUUACAGUGCUUGCCGGAUAGAGAAUGAAACCAAAGUAUUUCUUGCAAAGAAGACUGUAUUUUAUCAGGUAUAUCUCGUGAACGAUAGUUACCCGUUGGUCCGUAAAAGCAUAAACAGUAUAAACAAGCAUACCAGCUUAAUAUUUGUAAAUGGUCAGAAUGGUUGAAGUGUGUCAAAAAAGUGUGUGUACCGUUCAGCCGCCCAAUAAUUUCAAAGCCAUGGACUGAGGUUGUUUGCCAAUUUGAUUAAAGUGAAAGAGGGCGCUAUUACAAAAUAGUCUGUGAGUCAUUAGAUGUUCAAUUCGAGAUGUGUUAGCGGCGAAGACCUAACUUCUCCAAAAUGUUGACACGAAAGUAGACGCAAUGUGCAGUGACGCUAUUUUUCGUUCACUGUGACUUGACGCUAAUUUUUGUCAAUUGGAUGCAAAUUGAGGCCUUUUUUCCCAACUUGGCAGUCUGGUAAACGUUCUAUGAUACGUACCGUCCCCCACAAUGUCUUAUGAUCCACAGUGCCAAAUUCAUUAUCGGUUUGUGGGACAAAUAAUUUUAUUCCAUAUCUUUUUGCAAUAGUUUUCAGUCUUGUGAAGUCUGGAUUGUCGACGGUUGCCAACAUGCAUGCGUUUGUAUACGAUGCCUCAGUUACCAUGCCCGUAACUUGUAAAAGAUUUUCUCUGAUAACUUCAGCAAACUGUACUGCAUGCAUUAGGGUGUUCGACAUUCAUUGACCAGGAACUUAAUGAAUGAACUGUCUCCAAUUAACUUGGACUUUCACUGUGUUAUUAAAAGGUGAUUUUUAUCUUGUCGCUGUAAAAUAAUAUCUCAGUCAGUGUAAAAGGCUUGUAUAGUUAAUUCUUAACCAACUGUAGCAAGUUUUCUUGAGGAAUAAUUUAAUUUGAAUUUCUCUUGAUAGUUGCAUUUUUUGUUAUAUGCUCCAUGUGUGGGAUUAUUUUGAUCAAGGUAUGAAAAAGUGCUCUGAAAAUAAAAACUAUGGAUGAAAAAAGGUAAA